GUGUCAAUCCGAAGCUACACACUAAAAUUCCUGCUCACAUCUCUGGACUUGUCAAAACAUUCACUCCGCACACACCGCCGAGGUCACUGAUUUACUUCUCAUCAAAGCCAAAGAAACACAACCAGAACCCAAAAGUUACAUAAUUUGUCCGCGGGCCGUCGGGGACUCAAACAGCAGAUCGGAUCUGAUCGACAUCUCCUGGUGUUAUUCUGCUCUGGCCAAAGCAUCAUUCUGAGUUUUGGACGUUCCCUGGAUAUUGACCGAACGUUGUGCUGCUUCCGUGGUGACACUCUAGAGGGACCUUGAUUGACAGGUCUCCCUCCAGAGGAACGCUGAGGGGUCGCCGCCAAAAGGAACAUGUGCUAGAAGUUCAUCUGUCCUCAACGACCGGUCGCCUUUGACUCUAGAAGAUGAACAAUGAGGAUGAGUUCUACGACGCCGUCACAGGCCUGGAUUCUGACGAGUCCUGUGAAGGGGUGUCGGAGGCCAGUUUCAAAGAUGCCAGCAGUCAGAAGAACAACGGGUCGGUGCCGCAGGAGAACGGCGUCAAGAAACACAGGACGUCAUUACCUGCGGCCAUGUUUUCUAGAAGCACUGUCAGUAUCUGGAGCAUCCUGAAGAAAUGCAUUGGACUGGAACUCUCAAAGAUCACGAUGCCCAUCGCCUUCAACGAGCCUCUGAGCUUCCUGCAGAGAAUCACCGAAUACAUGGAACACACUUACCUCAUCAACAGAGCCUGCUCUCUGUCCGACUCCAGAGAGCGCAUGCAGGCAGUAGCUGCUUUUGCUGUGUCAGCAGUUGCGUCUCAGUGGGACAGAACUGGAAAACCCUUCAACCCUCUGCUGGGAGAGACUUAUGAGCUCACCAGAGAGAAUCAGGGUUUCCGGCUGGUAUCGGAGCAGGUAUCCCAUCAUCCCCCAGUGAGUGCCUUCCAUGCAGAGAGUCUGGUCGGGGACUUCGUCUUCCACGGCUCCAUCUACCCCAAACUCAAGUUCUGGGGCAAGAGUGUUGAGGCUGAGCCGAAAGGGACCAUCACACUAGAACUACUCAAGCACCACGAGGCGUACACAUGGACUAACCCUUACUGCUGUGUCCACAAUAUCAUCCUGGGGAAGCUCUGGAUCGAGCAGUACGGCACCGUGGAGAUAGUCAACCACAGCACUGGAGACAAGUGCGUGUUGAAUUUCAAGCCCUGUGGGAUGUUUGGCAAAGAGCUGCACAAAGUGGAGGGAUACAUCCAAGAUAAGAGUAAAAAGAAGCACUGUGUCAUCUAUGGGAAGUGGACCGAGUGCAUGUGGAGUGUCGACCCUCAGACCUACGAGGCCCACAAGAAGUCGGAGAGGAGAGGAGACAACAAGAAACAGAAAAAUGAGGAGCAGGAGGGAGCGGAGAACGAUGACGCAGACGACAUGCCCGAAGUCCAGGAGACGGUUUCUGUUGUACCAGGAAGCACGCUGCUGUGGAGGAUAGACUCCAGACCGGCACAUUCUGCUGAGAUGUACAACUUCACCAACUUUGCAAUGUCUCUCAAUGAGCUAGAGGGCGGCAUGGAGGCCAACGUGUCCCCCACAGACUGUCGCUUCCGGCCGGACAUCAGAGCCAUGGAGAAUGGCAACAUGGAUGAGGCCAGUAAGGAGAAGGAGAGACUGGAGGACAAGCAGAGAGCUGCCAGAAAGGAGAGGGCCAAGAACGAGGAGGAGUGGUCCACCAGGUGGUUUCAGAUGGGCACCAACCCGUACACCGGCUCCCAGGGCUGGCUUUACAGCGGUGGCUACUUCAAUAGGAACUACCAAGACAUACCUGAUAUCUACUGAGAGCCCGCUAGCCAUCAUCCGCCUCCUCCUCUAUAUCCUGCAAUGACCUGCCUGUCAUGAGAUGGGGAGAAAUGUUAAGAAUCCACGUACCCAUCUUCAUCUUCAUACUCGUCAUCCUUAAACUGACCGACACACCCAGCACAAUGUGGAAAGACUUACAGUCUUCAGGUCUUUUUUUUUUUUUUUUUUUUUUAAAUCUUCUUCAAAGUGUGUGAUUUCACAUCACGUAACGACCAGCACAUCUUUCCCAUCUCUCUGCCCCGACCAUUUUAUUUCUGACCAGUCUCAGCGGCAGAGAGCUGGACCAUGUGAAGUGACAUUUAACGGCCCCCCAAACCCACGGACCCGAAUCUGAAUGUUUACCGUCUCUACAAUCAAACUCUCCCCACCUGCCAAGCUUCUGGACAACGACGUUUUCAAACCCUCGCGUGUGUCAUUAAUGAGGUAAAAACACUAUAAUCACGUCGAUGGAUUUAUGGACAUGGACGGACACCCAGUCAGUGCGGAAAUCAGGGAUGUGAAUGCUCCUUUGACUGAAGAAGAAUCCUGAGGAUGCUUUUUCUUUUUUUUUUUUUUUUUUUAAGCUCAGAAAAUAAAUAUAGGUGAUAUUGUACACUUUAAGAAACAAAACUAUAAAGAAAUAUUGGUUUAGAAUACUGGUUUAACCAGUCGAGAUAAAUCGAUUGCAAGCAUGAGCUCAUUACUGUCAAUGUGUCGUCUCCCUAAAACAUUUAGUAUCCAGCCUCUUAUUAACCUCCUGCUUAGGGUUUAUGUAUUGAAAUAAGUCAACGACUAAAGAAAAGGAUGUUCUCUCGACGGCAGAGUGGAAUCUCCAGCUGGACCAGACCAGAAACCACAUGAUGAUCUGAUGCUCUCCUACAAGGCAUCCGAUGAAUGAAUGGAGCACAGGUUCAGGUGUGACUGUCGUCUCGGCCUGUAGCCUCUCUGUGUCUGUAAAAAUCAAAUAGCAUUGUACAGGAGGAAGAACGGCCCCCAGUGAAUGCUGGAGGGCCGGCCCAGUGUUCACGACACGCUGACCUGAAUGUUUACGUGCAGCUCGGCUCACUCUGCUGGCUGCUAAGUCACAGCUGAGGGCUGCUGGGACUCAAAAACAGGCUUCACGCAAGUGCAGAUUUGUCCUCCUCUGGUUGGUACAUCUCGUGUUUAAAGGCACAUUUCUGUACCCCCACCCCCACAGGCAGGCCAGAGGUUAGGGUUCCCCAGCUCCAGGACACUUUGCUGGGGGUGUGAGCUGUAAGUAACAGCAGCGUUACAUCCAUCGUGGGAAUGAGUGUAUAAAUAUGUACAGACACUUAUUAAGUCACGUUAACUACAAGAGAGGGAGGGAAUUUGCUGUUAUGAGUGAUGGGAAUUUAAUAAUGGGAACCCCUCAAGAUUGAUACUAUUAAUAAUCUCGCUCACUAAGGCAUGAUUGAAAAAGCGUAAUAUAAUGUAACAUGUUAGAUGUUGCUGGAUUGAUGGAUAGAGGUCACCUGCAAAAUGUCACUGAAAGAAACACUCAACGAGAUGCAAUGUUAUUUAAAACAAAGCAACUACAGACAUAAAAUGACAACAACACACAACGUCUGUAGUAAGGCCAGUGGGGUCUAUUGUCUUGUAAAAAUUCUGAUACUGACUGUAGUAAAAAAGAAAAAGAAAAAAGAAUUAACAUGUCAAGCACUCUAAUGAAUGUCAGCACAAAAAGUGAAAGUAAAAGAGCCGCCCCUCCAGAGGGACAGCGGAGUGCAAACAGCUGUGUGGACGGCCGUCUGCUCACGUCCUCUGGAGUCCUUGAUCGGCUGCUCCGCUCUCGUCGAAGCAGACGCCCUCUUGAGGCCGCGGGGCUCGUUCCUGUGAAACAUUCGCUCGUCUCGCGCCAGGAUUUUUAAUUCCAUAAACGUGCGAUGAACCGGUUUCACCGCCUCGACGCUUCACAUUCCCCGCACACCUGCUUGCACUGGCGAGAACUAGUUUUUGUUGAAAGAAAAAUGGUAAACCGCCUUCUAGGUUACAUUCCUUUUAAAUAGCAAUGGAGAGAAGCUGCCCGUUGCGGCCUUCAGAAAUCUUCUUUUUGAAGGCGCUCCAUUUUCACGCCCUUCAGUGCAUUCAGGAGCUAGCAUGUACUUCACAACACCAACUCUAUGCAACCUUUGCACCUCAACAUCAACAGUACACAACAACAACAACACAGACUCACCUUUAAUAGCCAAAUGAUUACUUUAGUUUAUAUUAAUAUAUUCCAAACAAUUGGACAUUAUUAUAACCAUUUUGGGGACUACACAUCUUGUAUCAACUUAUAGUUUGUGUGUUUAAAAAUCUGUCAUGCUUAGUGCCUCCUUUCAUUCCCUUGUUUGUGUAUUUUGUUUUUAUGUUUAUUAUUUAUGAUGUUUGAGGUUUUUACGACAUAAUUCAGUUGUACGUUUUUUUUCUUCUUCUUUUGCUUAUGUAGCUUAAUUUGAUUAUCUCAAUUAAAUUAAACUAAAGAUGAACCGGGGUUGUUUAAUAGAGUGUAGUCGGGGCUUGAAGUGAACGCCACUCGCCGGUGUAACGCUUGCACGUGUUACCGCGGCCGCCACAUCUGUCGGAGCCACUAGCCAGUAACGUGUGUCGGUAGAGUUGUCAUUGAAAAAAGUUAUUAAAAAUCAAUCGCAUGAACACUGCUUGAGUUGAACGAAUGCUCCAGUGGUAAAGGAACCUAAACAGGAAGGAAGUAGUUGACUGUAAAGUCGUCCCAGCUGAAGUGGCUCAGUUAUUAAUCUAGAUCUGUUGCUUUGAGUGUUGGUUCUCUAUAACAAAUGUCUUGUUGAGUUUGACCCUCCUUCUCCUGGACUGUAUCAUGGGCUUGUCGAUGUUUUAUGUGUACAAGUGCUGCACAGAAGUAAU